CUUGAGUAAGUUUUGAAAGACAUCAUGUCGAAUUCAGAAGAGAACGCUAAAGUAACAAAAUGUGACAACGAUGAAGUAGUGGAAUUGACCGGACAUGGCCGAUACCAUCAGUUGGUGCUGGUGGCUUGCUGCAUCAUCAGUAACGGUGUGGCGUUGGACAUGUUCGGCUUCAGUAUCGUGGUGACAGCGGCCGCCUGCGACCUGCAGCUCGACAUUAAACAGAUUGGAAUACUCGCUUCAGCUCCAUUUGCAGGUGUUUUGUUCGCGUUUCCUUGGGGCUACUACGCUGACACUGGCGGCAGAAGACGCGCGCUGUUGCUGUCCACAACUGUUGGCUUCAUCUUCGCAGCUUUGAGCAGCUUCUCAACCAACUGGCAGAUGAUGCUCGCUUUCAAAAUAAUUGGAUCAAGUUUUUCAUCAUCAUCGUUCACCUUGGUGAUGACGUACCUGGGGGAGAACAUCGGCAGCGCGCGGCGCAGUCGAUACCUCUUUAUUAUGAACAGCAUGAACCUGGCCUCGGAGAUAGUGUCUUUCGGUCUUGCACUCUUCAUCUUGCCACUAACGUUCCAUUGGUCAGUACCAUGGCUUCAAAUAACAUUACGUGCCUGGAGAUUGUUUACGUUUAUUAUUGCUGUACCGUUGGGAGUAGGCGCUGUGUUAUUAUUCUACCUCUAUGAGAGUCCAACAUUUCUAGCGAAUAAGGGGGAUACUGAAGAAACUAGAAAAGUGUUGAGAAAAAUAUUUGUGUUCAACGGUGGAGAUGAAAAAGAAUUUAUGAUUGGACACCUAAAUCACAGUGAAACUAUAAAACUCAAAGAGGAAUCUAUCUGGCAAUCAUUAAAGAAGCAAACUGUGCCAUUGUUCCAACCCCCUUUGCUUUGGAGUACUAUUCAGUUAUUUUAUUUAUUGGUCAUUUGUUGUACGACGAACAACGUAUUUCUAAUGUGGUACCCGACUAUGGUGAAUUUGUUCUUUAACUCAGUGUCUAGUGGCUCUGAAGAUAUGGGCUUUUGUGAAGCUGUAGUUCAAAACAUAACGACUGAUGUUAAUGCUGAAAACUAUGUUUGCGAUGACUCCAUUUCUUUGAAGACAAUUUACUCUGGAAUUGCUCUUGGAUUUUUCUUUACGAUUAUCAAUCUCGCCGCAUCGAAGUUGGCUUCCUGGAGACGUUUAGUUUUGAUGAGCUGCUACUUGGUGGCAGCACUGAGCAGUAUUCUCGUCGGAUCACUGACAGAACCUAUUGCCAGCAUGAUAUUCUUCAUUCUGAUACAAAUAACAGCAAUCGGUAUUGGAUCAGUGUCUUCAUAUUUUGUAGACUUGUAUCCUACGUCUCAUAGAAGUCUGGUGACUUGUCUUGCCAUGAUGGUGGCGCGGAUGACGUCAUUUUCGGGAGUUAACCUUCUUGGCGCAGUCGUUGUAAGCAACUGCAACUUUCUCUUCUACAGCUGGGCGGUUUUUGUCCUAAGUGGCGUUGCGGUUGCAUUUUGUCUACCAAGUGAUAGAACUAAAUCAAAAAACAACUGUAAUAAUUGUUAAUGGAAUUGUUGAUAAAAUAAACGUGAAUCAGUUUUUUUACAAUACAUACCUACUUAAAUUUGUACCUACUGUUAGAAAGAAAAUCCGAAAAUGAGUCAGUGUAUUGACUCAACUCUAGCCUUACUGGAGUGUCUAUGUUUGUGUCCCAUCACUGUUCAUUCUGACACCAGACUUUGUAACGAAAGCACGUCAUUCGCGCCAAAGGAUUGUAAUUAAUAAUGUCUAAAACUACUUAGUUCUAACAAAGUGUUUUUGACAGUAAAUUGCUUGUUUAGCCAUGAGUCGACCACUGGUGGGAUAGGCCUCCCCCAAAGAUCGCCACGAUGACCGGCCAUGUGCUACCUGCAUCCAGGAUAAUCUCUCACAACCAGAUCAUCGGACCAUCUUACAAGAGGCCUGUCGACAGUAAAUUACAUGUUUAAUUUACAUGUGAU